AUGAGAAAUAGUCUGAUUGAUAUGCUGCUGGGUGAGGAUCCGGCUAGUCUUGUUUUACCACGACUGAAGGGAAGUGGAACAAGUGCAGGAAGUACUGGACCUGCAAACUCUCCAUUAUCUCCACUCCGCUUGUCGUCUGGACCAGAUGAUUCAAAAGUGAAAACACCUAAACGAGAGCUAUUGGGCCCAUCACGUAGGAUUGAAGAUGAUAAGAAGUAUCAAGCAAAAUUGAUAAGUCCUAAAUCUGCGAAAUCGAUUCCAGUGGUUCCUCAUAUUGAAGAUUUCAAGGCUGAUCUAGUACUUGAAGAAAGUUUAUUACCAAAAGAAAAAGGUCUUAAGUUUAAGGUUGAUUCCCCUAAGGAGGAAUCACAACAAGAAACUUCAAAUGAGAGCUCUCAAAUUUUAAUGGAAACUGACAAGGAAAAAUUGAAACUUAUAUCAAACAUGGCAGAAUUACUUUUGAAUAAUCGUAGAGUUCUUCGAGCUGAUUAUAAUAUUGUUGAUCUGAAUCUUAAAACAGAAGAUUCCAAGGACCAUUAUGAAGGAAGGAGUCAACCAAUUGUGGUUUCUUCUGCUACUCGAGUAAGGGCAGACAAAGUGAAAUCAAUGCUUGGGCUUCAUUAUCUUUACAUGCAACGAUGUUAUGACCAUGGCCAGAACGGUCAAAGUCCACAUGCUCUUGUAGAUGGUGUUUACAACCCCCUUCAAACAAUUCGUAAUAGAAAAUUACGUGCUAAAUAUCAUGAAAAUCCCAAAUCAUUAUCGAUUAAGACAAUUCCCUUAGCUUCUAAUAUGUUCAGUUCACGUAACAACCAAAGAAAUAAAGACCCGAGAAAGCAAUGGAAAAUGAUAUGGGCAGUGGAAUUGCAUGAAGUAAUUUCAGAUAUGAAAUGGCAAGCUUUACAUUGGAAUGAAUUAGUUGGGCCAAAAGGGGAAUUAUGGUUCCCACCUACAGCAGACUCGCUGAAUCGUCUUUCAGUUCUUUCACCAAAGAAAUUAAAGAGUAAAAGACUACAUGAUAAGCUUUUCAGUAGUGAGGAUGAAAUCAGCCAUCAAGAUUCAGGAAGGAAAAGUGGAGGCUCUGGAUCAUCUGAUUUAGGGCUCAAUAUUUCUAAAUCAAAGAUAAAUUCUCAAGCACUGCUCAACCCAUCUGAUGGAGAUGAAGUUCAUAAUUAUCACUUCUCUAGUUCAAGGUUGGGACGUGGUAAGAAAAAGAACAGACUUAGCGGUAAGUUAAGACUGAGAUCUAAAAUGAAACACAUGGUUGAAGAAGUUUCCUCAGAAGACCAAAGCCAUGUAGAAGAAGACAAGUUAGGGUAUGGAAGUUUAUUGAAAGAUCGUAUUUUCAAGAAAAUAAAAAGAUCGGAUAGUGAUUCACUGUCAGAUGAACAUGGGUUCGUCUUGGAGCAUUUGCAGGAAGAGGAUGAUGAUGGAGAGUACGUUGGAUAUGAUGAAGAUGAUGACGAUGAUGAUGACGAAAUUAAUCGCGAUGUUGCGCUUACUAAAGGCAAUUACAACGACGUGAAUGAAGGUGUAUUUAAAAAUGAAAGAGACGGUGUCGAGGAUGAAGUAGAAGGCAAUGAAAUAAUGAUUGAUCCAAGAGAUAAGACUGGCCACAAAAAUAAAGACGAGGAUUUUGGUAAUCCCGAGGAUGCAGCUCAAGUAUCGAGAGAUUCAAUGGAAGUAGGAAAAUCUCUGGAAUUGGAAACAAAUCCUAAGACACUGACCAAUGAAUUGACUAAUUUGAGUAGUAACAAAAAUGAAAAUAGUCUGGGAUCUUUAGUGAAACAUAAUUCAGAAUCCUCAACAGCAGAUCUUGAUUCAGAUGAUCAGCAGUUAGACCCUUCGUCAUAUAAUAUAAAUGACGUGGCUAUCAAGCCCAUUGAUGCAAAGGAUUCUGAUACGAGUAGGUCAGGGGAAUUAUUGGACAUAAAAUCACCCUCUCCUGGAAACUCUGCUGUUGACCCACUUCAGAAUGAAGAAGAAACCAGCGAAAGUUUGGUGGUUGACGACGAGCUUGUGACUAUUGUUCCUAACUAUAAGUAUCUUAAUUCUCUCUUGAGUACAAGAUAUUUUUUUGUUAUGAAUGUUUUACCCGAGAUUUUCAGUUCUCAUUAUAAACAAGUGAAUGACCUUACAAGUGUCGAUAUACCAGUAACCACAGAAUUAUGUGUUAACAUCAACGACGAACAGCUUCCUUCUUACGAAUCUAUCUACAAUGGUUUCGUUGGAGAAAUCAAUACUUUAAUCCAUCUCAUUAAUGAUAACUAUUCAGUUAGAAUUGAUAACCUUUUAAGUGCAAGUGAUAGACUGAUCGGUGAAAUUAACACAUCUUUAUCUUUGGAAUUACGGAAGCAUAACGAGAGAAUAGACCGAUUAAAUUCAUCGAUGUUUGGUAGCACCUUUAGUAUGGAGAUUAAUGAUCAUAAGGAUAAAAUUAUGAAAAUGAGUGAUGGAAACAAUAAGCUUCUUUACUUUUGUCUUGAGAAUCUUAUUGUCACCUUAUUAAGAAUUGUAUGGAUCGUGGUUAACCUUUACAAAAGUGUUAGAUUUAUAUUUCUAUUCCUUUGGAGAAUAGUUACUUUUUUCUUCUGA